AUGGACCAGCUAAAAGGCUUACUUAAGUCUUACGAGGCAUGGGUGGCCAAAAAUCCAGAUGUGGUGGGUGACUUUGAGACAACGGCCAAAUGGGUCUCUUACUUUGUGGCAGGUCGCAUAUCGAACUCCAACGUCCUCUCCGAAUUAGUAUACACCUUAUCCAAUAUGCUGGUGUUCUACAACGAUCGCAUUAUCGAAAAGGCACGUGGCGCCAACGAGAACGCCGUACUCCGGCUGCAGUCCGGCCUCUGCUACCGUCUAAAGGUCACACUGACGACGCUCGAAUAUUGUGAAGUGUUCAUCGAGAUAUCAGCGCGCCGUCUGUUUGGCCAAACGGGCAAAUGGCUGGUGAUAGCGCUCAUACAAGUGUGCAAGGCAGCUGGCCGGUUAUUUUUACUGAAACAUUCUACAUCUGACAUAAUCACGUCACCGCCCAUCGCAGCUGUAAAUCGACGUGCGCUGAGCAAACAGCGCAAAGCCGACGCUGCAGCAGCCGACAGUGUGCCCCAAUCGGAGCAUUCCAUAACGUUUAAGCUGAAACGCUCAGGCCGCCUCAUACGCAAGGUGGAGGGUGCACCGCCCAUUCAAUACCGAGACUUCAAACUGCAUGUGGACAAUGCGGAUGCAGCCAAGACACAAAUACCACGCGAACUGCUGCAAGCGGAGUAUUUGUACAUAGCCAAGCCGCUUGUCCAUUUGGCGGCUUUAGGCUUGUUUGGGCAGCGCAGCUGGAAGCAAUAUAUAAUAGCGCUUUCCAUGGAUUUAUAUAGCGUACAUCUGUAUCGCCAGCACCGCCACUUGAUGUCCAAGCAACAGAAAUUAGAGCUAAGCCGACGCUGUAUCAAUCUUCUGUACUUCCUCGUACGCAGUCCAUUUUACGAUAAGUACAGUAAGACGCGAAUCGAACGAAUUUUGGGCUUUGUGGCACAGCAUGUGCCCAUUGCCAAAGUGGUUGCCGGACCUCUGAAGGAAUACGUGCCACAAUGGCAGAACACCUACUUCUACCUGUGGUCCACUUGAGGCUCUGUAUGCAACAAGUAUUCCAUAUUAGGCUAAGGACACAAAGUUAUUAAUGGGUAGAUCAGCAAUUGGUGAAAGAUAUGGAGGAACUUUCCUUAAUCAAUGGAUCGAUUCUGGUUUACAUGGUGAUUAUUUAUAGUGCGUUGUGUGAUUGUAUGGCUUUUAAAUUAUAUUUGGAACAAUAUUUGUACACAUACAUUAAAACGA